AUGUUGCCAUUUCGUAAGACCAAGUGGGUUCCUGCACAACAUCGAGUGAACUCAAUAUUUUCCAAAAAUUUCAAUAGUACCAUAAAAAGCAAUAUCACCACAAAAAUUGUCAACGUGAAAUCAUCUUCACCUUUACCUUCUCAGAAUUUACCACCUAAAAGGCUUCCACAUCACAAAAUAAUCGCACAUAAUAAACAAUGGAGCUAUGAAGAAGAUAAUAUCUUAUUGAGAAGGGUAAUAAGAUAUGGAUGGAAACAUUGGGGAAUCAUAUCACAGGGAUUUUCAAAUCGGUCAUCAUCAGAUUGUUAUUAUCGUUAUAGAAAUAAUCUAAAAUAUUUAAUAGAUUAUUCCUUCAUCUGUUCAACAAAUCAAUCAUCAUUAAUAUCAUUAACAUCAAAAGAGCAAAAUUCAUUUUGGAAAAAAUUAAAUAAACUAAAUAACAACUUACAAUUAAUGCAAGAUAAUAAUCGUUUGAAGAAAAAAUCUAUUUCAUUAUUAAAGCAAUAUUAUAUUAACAUGCAAAGGUUUUCAAAUGAACAACAACAAUUAUUACCAAUUAAUUACAAUUUAGUUUUACAUACUAGCAAAAAAAUCAAAGAGAAUAAUAAGGAAGAAUCAUUAUUUGUUAUCAAAAAUAAACCUUGGACAAGUGAAGAAAUCGAAAGAUUAAAGGAUUUAUUAUUAAAUGAUGCUUCAAUAGAAAAUCAAUUACUUUUCACUUAUAGUGGUGGUAAGAAUGUUAUGUAUAAUUGGAAAUUGAUUACCUCAAAAUAUUUUUCUAAUAGAACCCCUAGUGAUGUUAGAAAUAAAUGGCAUAAUAUUCAAAUAAAGUUUCCUUGGACAAAACAAGAAGAUCAAAUUAUUGCUGAUGGCGUAAAACAAUUUGAAAAAGCGUUAAAAGAAGUUCCCUUACUUAAAGGUAAUAAAUUUAAUUGGAAAUAUAUUCACCAACAUUAUUUACCAAACAGAACCCCUAUACAAUUAUAUAAACAUUAUUAUAACGUUAUAUGCAAACCUGCUAAAUGGAGUUUACAAGAAGAUGAACUCUUACUGAAAUUUAUCAAAGAAUAUCAAUCUUCUCAAGAAGCACAAAGGUUCCUUUCCUUGAGUGAUUAUGAUAAUGAUAUUUGGAAACAAAUCGCCAAAAGAAUUCCUGGUAGAACUGCGAUUCAAUGCAGAAAUAGAUAUCUUAAUAAGCUUGAUCCCUCUUUAAAAAAAGGUUGUUAUACAGUAGAAGAUCAAUUUAAAUUAUUUACAUCAAUUAAAAAGCACGGUCGCAGAUGGUCUUUAGUUGCAAAAGAGCUGGGUAGAUCAAAAGUUUCUAUAGCUAAAAUUUACAGUUUGUGGAAAUAUCGUAAUCAAUUUACUUAUGCAAGGAAACGUAAAGGAGGCAUGAAUAGUAUUUAUGGCAAAUUAUUGAGACAAUUAAAUUAA